GCGGGGCGGCGCCCGGGGGCCGCGAGGAGCGGCGGGGGAGACCGCGCCCGCGAGAAGGAAACAAAACGCUGGGAAGAUGUUUUUGGUUGUUAGAUCCCUCUGCACGUUGUUUCCCUUGAGCUGCUGUUUGUGAUCAGAUAAGAAAUUCUGCGUAUUUGCGCCUCUUCUGUGGAAGGAUAAAGACAAAAAUAAUACCAGCGCUGCUACUGUGUGUAACAGUGUUGUCAUAGAGGAGUUUCAGACAUCUUUGUCUUCCUGGAUUUUGGAGAAGUGCCAGCUUGGCAAGCAGGAAGAACAAAAGGACGGGACUGAAAAUAUCUGGUCGGAGGCAGCCUCACACCACCACACAUCAGGUUGGGACAGCAGCAGAAUUAGGCAAGCAGCCCGGCCCAGUUUUCUUCAUGCUUUUUUAUUAGGUGGUACGUAAUAGGAGAAUUUCCUACUUGCAAAGCCUGAAGAGUAGUACAAGGUGCUGGCGGAUGACAGAAUAAGUCUCCUAAAGUGAAUAAAAUGAUUUAGAUUUUUUUGCUGGACUGGCCCACAGACUUGCAUGGUUUAACUCAUACGAAUCACUGCUUGAAAAACUUCAAGUACAAAAUCAUUGAAAGGCUUAAAAAUGCCGCCCCGACCAUCAUCUGGGGAACUAUGGGGCAUCCACUUGAUGCCCCCGAGGAUCCUUGUGGAGUGUCUUCUCCCAAACGGAAUGAUAGUGACUCUAGAAUGCCUCCGUGAGGCUACAUUACUAACUAUCAAACAUGAACUUUUUAAAGAAGCCAGAAAAUACCCUCUCUAUCAGCUCCUUCAAGAUGAAUCUUCUUACAUUUUUGUAAGUGUUACGCAAGAAGCAGAAAGAGAAGAAUUUUUUGAUGAAACACGGAGACUUUGUGACCUGCGGCUAUUUCAGCCUUUCCUAAAAGUCAUUGAACCAGUAGGUAACAGAGAAGAAAAGAUACUUAACAGAGAAAUAGGUUUUGCUAUUGGCAUGCCCAUCUGUGAGUUUGACAUGGUUAAGGAUCCUGAAGUACAAGAUUUCAGAAGAAAUAUUCUUAAUGUUUGUAAAGAAGCAGUAGAUCUUCGAGAUGCCAAUGCUCCGCACAGUAGAGCAUUGUAUGUCUGUCCUCCAAAUGUAGAGUCUUCACCUGAGCUACCCAAACACAUAUACAAUAAACUAGAUAAAGGGCAAAUAAUAGUGGUGAUAUGGGUAAUAGUUUCACCUAACAAUGAUAAGCAGAAGUACACCUUAAAAAUCAAUCAUGACUGUGUGCCUGAGCAAGUUAUUGCUGAAGCAAUUAGGAAGAAAACACGAAGUAUGUUGCUGUCAUCUGAACAACUGAAGCUCUGCGUGUUGGAGUACCAGGGCAAGUAUAUUUUGAAAGUGUGUGGCUGUGAUGAAUACCUGCUAGAAAAAUAUCCUCUGAGCCAGUAUAAGUACAUAAGAAGUUGUAUAAUGCUUGGUCGCAUGCCCAAUCUGAUGCUGAUGGCUAAAGAAAGUCUAUAUACCCAGCUGCCACUGGAUACCUUUACAAUGCCAUCUUACUCCAGGCGCAUCUCUACAGCUACACCCUACAUGAAUGGAGAAGCUACAGCCAAAUCGCUCUGGACUAUAAACAGUGCUCUCAGAAUAAGAAUCCUCUGUGCAACCUAUGUAAAUGUGAACAUUAGAGACAUUGACAAGAUCUACGUUAGAACAGGUAUCUACCAUGGAGGAGAACCUUUAUGUGACAAUGUGAAUACUCAGAGGGUACCUUGUUCUAAUCCCAGAUGGAAUGAAUGGCUGUUGUAUGACAUGUACAUUCCUGAUCUUCCACGUGCUGCUCGGCUCUGCCUUUCUAUCUGUUCUGUUAAAGGCCGGAAGGGUGCUAAAGAGGAGCACUGUCCAUUGGCUUGGGGAAAUAUAAACAUGUUUGACUACACAGACACUCUUGUAUCUGGGAAAAUGGCUUUGAAUCUUUGGGCAGUACCCCAUGGACUGGAGGAUUUGUUGAAUCCUAUUGGUGUUACUGGAUCAAAUCCGAAUAAGGAAACUCCAUGUUUAGAGCUGGAAUUUGAUUGGUUUAGCAAUCCUGUGAAGUUUCCAGAUAUGACAGUGAUUGAAGAGCAUGCCAAUUGGACAAUCUCACGUGAACUGGGCUUUAAUUACAGCUAUGCGGGACUGAGUAAUAGAAUAGCUAGAGACAAUGAAUUAAGAGAAAGUGACAAGGAGCAACUGCGAGCCAUAUGUACACGGGAUCCCUUGUCUGAAAUCACUGAGCAAGAGAAGGACUUCCUCUGGAGCCACAGACACUAUUGCGUAAAUACCCCGGAAAUUCUGCCCAAAUUACUUCUGUCUGUUAAAUGGAAUUCUAGAGAUGAAGUGGCUCAGAUGUACUGUUUGGUGAAAGAUUGGCCUCCAAUCAAGCCAGAGCAAGCAAUGGAGCUUUUGGAUUGCAAUUAUCCAGAUCCAAUGGUGCGAGCCUUUGCAGUUCGGUGUCUAGAGAAGUACUUAACAGAUGACAAGCUGUCUCAGUACUUAAUCCAGCUAGUACAGGUUCUGAAAUAUGAACAGUACUUAGAUAAUCAACUGGUGAGAUUUUUACUCAAGAAGGCACUGACCAAUCAACGGAUAGGACACUUCUUCUUCUGGCAUUUAAAGUCUGAAAUGCACAAUAAAACUGUAAGUCAGAGGUUUGGUUUACUUCUGGAGUCCUAUUGUCGAGCGUGUGGAAUGUACCUAAAGCAUCUGAGCAGGCAGGUGGAGGCUAUGGAGAAGUUGAUUAACCUCACAGAUAUUCUCAAGCAGGAAAAGAAAGAUGAGACCCAGAAGGUGCAGAUGAAGUUUCUUGUUGAACAAAUGAGACGUCCAGAUUUUAUGGAUGCUUUACAAGGCUUUAUCUCUCCUCUUAAUCCUGCUCAUCAACUAGGAAAUCUUCGGCUUGAGGAGUGCAGAAUAAUGUCAUCUGCAAAGAGACCCCUGUGGUUAAACUGGGAAAACCCAGAUAUUAUGUCUGAAUUGCUAUUUCAGAACAAUGAGAUAAUCUUUAAAAAUGGAGAUGACUUACGUCAAGACAUGCUGACACUUCAGAUAAUUAGAAUUAUGGAAAACAUUUGGCAAAACCAAGGUCUUGAUCUUCGGAUGUUGCCUUACGGUUGUUUGUCUAUUGGUGACUGCGUGGGACUCAUUGAGGUAGUGAGAAGUUCUCAUACGAUCAUGCAGAUUCAGUGUAAAGGAGGCUUAAAGGGAGCAUUGCAGUUCAACAGCCAUACCUUGCAUCAGUGGCUCAAGGACAAGAACAAAGGAGAAAUGUAUGAUGCAGCUAUUGACUUGUUUACACGUUCUUGUGCUGGCUACUGUGUUGCUACCUUUAUACUGGGCAUUGGUGAUCGCCACAACAGUAACAUCAUGGUGAAAGAUGAUGGACAACUGUUUCACAUUGACUUUGGCCACUUCCUUGACCACAAGAAGAAGAAAUUUGGCUACAAAAGAGAGCGUGUGCCCUUUGUCUUAACACAGGACUUUUUAAUAGUGAUUAGUAAAGGAGCCCAAGAAUGCACCAAAACAAGGGAGUUUGAAAGGUUUCAAGAGAUGUGUUACAAGGCUUAUCUAGCAAUUCGGCAGCAUGCCAAUCUGUUCAUAAAUCUCUUCUCCAUGAUGCUUGGCUCAGGAAUGCCAGAACUGCAGUCCUUUGAUGAUAUUGCGUACAUUCGGAAGACCCUUGCAUUGGACAAAACUGAGCAGGAAGCUCUUGAGUACUUCAUGAAGCAAAUGAAUGAUGCUCACCAUGGUGGCUGGACAACAAAAAUGGACUGGAUCUUCCACACAAUAAAGCAACAUGCUUUGAACUGAAAUGAAAGUGAAGAACACGAGAACUAAUAACCCGCUUUGUGGGUACUACACUGUUAAUACCCGUUAGCAGCAGACUGGUUGCAUAGGAAUUGCACAAACCAUGAAUGAUAUUAGAACUUAUGGCAAGAAAAAAGACGAACUAUUCAGACAUCUGUUGAAAAACAAUGUAAAACAGGGUUUCAGAUAGCACUAAAAUUGUACACUUCAAAAAUUAAGCUUUAGUAUGAUGUGUGACUUCAUGUUAUGCCUUAAGCCCAAAAAGGUAAACUUGGGAAGAAUGUUUCCUUUUUUCAUUUGAUAGGAUAAAUUAGAAGGAAAAAGAAAAUAGUGCCAGCAUGAAUAUAGAGUCCAUCACAUAUUACCUUGGGUCUGGUACAGCAGGUAGAAACUGCUGGAAUGAGAAGCAUUGAAAGAAAGUUCAAGUGGGUAGUUAAUAUUUGAAUGCAGUGUAGUUUGAAGGGAAGGAGUUUAAGCUCAAAGAUCUGAAAAAUAGUGAGAGGACAGUGCCUUUUAAAUGUGCUCGGAGGCAUUAACAUACAUAGGGUUUAGAUGAUCCUUUGAUUUCUGGGUCUGUCAUCUGCACAGUUUCAGAAAACAGUAGGAAAUAGGCCCAUUCAGUAUGGUGUUUCUUCUGCUCAGUAUUUCUAGGGGUGCAAUUCAUGCCUUCACAAAGAAACUUUUCUUAUCAUCCCCCAAAACUGACUAACCUGGAAACUGAAUGGUCGGAAUUGGGUUUAGUGCAACAAAGAGUUGUAGUGUUCAUCUUAGGUUUGCUUUAAUCUAACUUGAACUGAAUAGAUUUUUUUCAUACAUGUUUUCCAAGAACCUAAAAAAGGUGAGUUAUUAAAAUUAUUGAAAGAUUA